AUGGCUCCGCCGGCCGGCCGCUCCUCCGCCUCCCUCCUCGCCGCCGUCCUCUUCGUCCUCUGUGCCGUCACAAACGCAGGCGCCGGAUCGUCGGCCUUCGAUGCCGAUAACGCGAUCCGGUCCGUCACGGAUCUGGCGGAGCUCUCCGCCUUCGAGUCCGCCUUUUUUCAGGCCGUCGGCAGCGCCCGGCACGCCCUCUCCUUCGUCCGAUUUGUCCGCAGGUACCCCAACCCUGAUCGCCGACGAGUCUUCCCCUUCCCAUAGGCAGUUGUUUCUAACCCCAUCCCCUCCCCCCGGGCACUGGCUCCGGCUGUCGCUGACGGUGACGGUGGUCAGGUACGGGAAGAGCUAUGAUUCGGCGGAGGAGAUCCGGAGGCGGUUCUCGAUCUUCGUGGACAACCUUCGCCUGAUCCGCUCGAGCAAUCGGAGGGGGAGAUCGUACACCCUCGGCAUCAACCGUGAGCUCUCUUUCCCCUUUCUACGAUCGUAUUAUUCUCCUUUAAUCCAUCGAAACGGCCCUACCUACCAUCUCCAUCGUCUCGGCACCCGAUUGGUCAACGAGGGAAGGUACCACUGCCGUUCGAUGGUUUUUUUAUUUCCAUCCAGCUUUUUCUUACAGUCAGAUUGAUGCGACCCAGAAUUCGCUGAUAUGACGUGGGACGAGUUCCAGGCUCACCGCCUUGGAGCCGCGCAGAACUGCUCCGCCACACUGAAGGGCAACCACAAGCUGACGGACGUGGUGCUCCCGGAGACGGUAUGAAUAGGCCUGUUUAUCAUCUGAUCAUCCGAUCACCCUCCAUGGGGGCCGAGGGCCAAAAAAAUACGACGUUUCACACUUGAGCAGCAGCACUCUGUGAAGAUCUCGUGCCACCUUAUUUGUUUUGUGGACUGAUCUUUCGUGCCGCGCAGGGAAAGGAAGAACUGAGAGCUCGAGUUUUAUGUUUUUGCCUUUGCAGAAAGACUGGAGAGAGGAGGGCAUAGUGAGCCCAGUUAAGAACCAGGGCCACUGCGGAUCUUGCUGGACCUUCAGGUAACAUGGUGUGAUCUGUCGAACUUUUCAAAGAACAUCUGGGUUUCAUCCAUCUACCUUUGAUUCAGGAUUUAAGCCCGUUUUCGCUCUCACUAAGCCAAGAUUAUGGGCCCGUCUCAGUUUUCCGUUGUGCAGGCUGCCGCUUCCUACCUUAAAAUCCAGAAUUUGUUUUUCCGGCAAUAGUUUACUUGAUAGUUAAUAUCUAUCUCAUCAAAAUAUGAUGUCCUUCAAGAGCUAACUGGCGCUGUGCGCGGAUUGGCAGUACAACUGGGGCGCUUGAGGCGGCGUACACGCAGUUGACGGGGAAGAGCAUUUCUCUGUCUGAGCAGCAGCUGGUCGACUGCGCCACUUCAUUCAACAACUUCGGCUGCAAUGGCGGCCUGCCCUCCCAGGCUUUUGAAUACAUCAAGUACAACGGGGGUCUAGACACCGAAGCGUCCUACCCGUACGCGGGAGUCAACGGUUUCUGCAAGUUCAAGCAGGCAAACGUUGGCGUGAAGGUGGUCGAUUCCGUCAACAUCACUCUGGUGAGUGAUUCAUCCGUAUAUUCGUAUGAUUGCACAUCCUAGUGCUCGAACGUUUGUGACGAUUCCGUCAAUAUCUAUCACAAGAGGCAUAUUUUUUUCCGCAUAACUUCUUCAUCACGUUGAAACAACUUCUAAAAGAAUGCAUUUUUUUCAGAAAGAAAGAAAGAAAAAAUAAAAUUCUUGCUUCCAGAGCCUUCUGCAACUUAAUCUGAUUAAUCUCUUACUUGUUUCGUUCAUUUUCAACGUUGUCAGGGUGCGGAGGAUGAACUGAAGCAUGCCGUCGCUCUCGUUCGCCCCGUGAGCAUCGCAUUCGAGGUGGUGAAUGGUUUCAGAUUCUACAAGAGUGGAGUAUACACCAGCGACUCUUGCGGCAGUUCUCCGAUGGUGAGUUCCCUGAUAUCUCCUCCCAUAGAGGACGACGCCGCCCCCAUCUUCCAAGGCCUUCCUCGAGAGCUCCAUUAAUGGCGGAAAUCUGCGACUUGGGCAUCUGAGUUUUCGAUUUUUCCGAUAUUAUCCGUCCCCAUGAAACCAAGAUCACGAAAUCUUGUGCCGUUCAACGUGUUCUCUUGUAUUCCGCAGGAUGUGAACCACGCUGUUCUGGCAGUCGGGUACGGCGUGGAGGACGGCGUCCCCUACUGGCUCAUCAAGAACUCCUGGGGGAACAGCUGGGGGGACAACGGGUACUUCAAGAUGGAACUGGGCAAGAACAUGUGCGGUAUGUAUCUCAUCCACCCGAAGUUCAAUCCCUAAGUUUAAUGAAAUAAAUACGUCGAUUAAUCGCCUCACCUCCACCGGUUGACCUUUGACGCAGGCGUUGCUACUUGCGCUUCCUACCCAGUCGUCUCCGAGUAA